CACCACAGUGUCAGAUCAACCACAAGCGGUCACGCUGCCAUGCGCUUAGCGCGUUUUGAAGUGCCUCGUGCCCGCCUGUCAAGCAGAACCGCCUGGCGGAACGGAUACAGUGUUUGUUGAAUGCGCGUUGCGCACCUUCCACCAUCUACCUCGUGCUUGAAGUUUCUCGUUUGACUCGAAAGCGACCGUCGAACCGCUUUUUGAGCAACCUACCUCUCUCCUUCUUUGCAUUUUGUGUCCCACGCACAAUCUCGCCAUGAAGUCGAGCACUGACGCACGGAAACCGUACGGAGGGCCAGUCCGAUCUCUAGUCGUCGCUAUCGAUGUCGGUACCACUUUCAGCGGAGUGUCGUACGCGAUCCUAGUACCUGGCGAAGUACCUAAAAUACAUGGGGUCACUCGCUUUCCGGGUCAAGAACAUGUAGCAGGAAACCAGAAGAUUCCAUCGAUUCUGUGGUACAAUGCAAAGGGGCACAUAAUGGCCGCUGGUGCGGAGGCCGAGACGUCGUCAAUUGUAUCGCAGGCGGAGGAUGAGGGUUGGAUCAAAUGUGAACUAUUCAAACUUCGUUUACGACCGCGAACGAUGCAGCUCAAUAUGAACGGAAUGCGACUUGGGCGACUUCCCCCCGGGAAGACGCCGGUGCACGUUUUUGGCGACUUUCUAUCCUAUCUCUUCCUUUGCACUCGCAACUUCAUAGUCGACACUCAUGCGGCCGGAGCAAGUCUCUGGGCGGCGGUGGAAAACGACAUCAAAUUCGUUCUAUCGCAUCCCAACGGCUGGGAAGGCGCGCAGCAGUCGAAGUUGAGAAGAAGUGCUAUUCAUGGUGGCCUCGUACCCAAUACGAGUGCCGGGAAGGCAAGAAUUUUCUUCGUUACGGAAGGAGAAGCCAGUCUGCAUGCUUGCGUUUUGAACGGACUGGCAGCUGACGUCUUAUCGGAUCCAUCUAAACCUGGGUUUUUGAUUGCAGAUGCGGGUGGUGGAACAUGGGAUAUCUCGACGUAUAGCAUCACUGGACAGAACCCAUUGUUAAUCGAGGAAAUUGCACCCCCAGACUGUGUCUUCGCCGGUUCUGUGUUUGUCAGUCGACGUGCCCGCGAAUUUCUGGGGAAGAAACUGGCAUCGUCGAAGUACGGCUCUCCCGAGUCCGUUGAGCACAUUACCAAGCGCUUCGAUGAAACGACGAAACGACUAUUCCGAGACGACAAGACCCUACAAUUCAUUGCAUUCGGAAGUCCUCUCGACAAAGAUUUGGCUGUGGGAAUUCGUGGUGGGCAAUUGAAAUUGACGGGCGCUGAAGUGCAAGAACUCUUUGAGCCGCCUAUUGAAGAUGCGUUCAAAGCCAUCAAAGCUCAAAUCGAUGCUUCGGCUGGUGUUGUGAAGUCUGUCUGGCUUGUUGGCGGCUUUGCCGCUAACUUCUGGCUUUUUACGCAGCUUCAAGAACGUCUGACGCCGUACAAUGUGACGGUAAACAGGCCGGAUUCUCAAACUUCCAAAGCGGUAUGCGAUGGGGCCAUUGGAUUCUUUGUGGACCAUUACGUCAGCGUCCGUGUCUCCAAAGCGUUUUAUGGUGUCGAAUAUCUGCGAACAUUUGAUCCGCACAACCCCGAACACGUCGCACGUGAAGCUUCGCUCUGCGAACUACCAUCCGGCCCGCGGUUACUGCCCGAUGCUUUCGAUUGCAUUCUCAAGAGUGGAAUUAGAGUGAAGGAGUCUACAGCGUUUUCUCGCAAGUACUCGACCGAGCUGACGAGCUUGAACGUUCUGUCGGUGUUCGAGGUCUUGGUCUGGUGUUUUCGUGGCAAGGGCGAAAUACCCGCUUGGAUCUUGCGGAAUACCGAGGAGUUUUCAACGCUAUGCAUCGUCAGAGCCGACCUGUCACCUCUCAAGGGGAGUGCCGUUCCUCAGACUGGUAGAAACGGCAAGACUUUCUGGAAGAUUAUCUUUUCUGUUGAGAUACAUUUUGGUCUGACCGAGUUUGGCGCAAGAAUCAAAUGGCUGGACAACGGAGAAGUGAAAUACGGGCCUGCCUCGAUCGUGUAUAACGAACGGGGACGACGAAUGGAGGAAGACGAGCCGGAUAUGUUCUCUGAGGACGAUGCUGACGGAACUACUCCAAGCAGGAGACGAAGAUCGCCGCCAGCUCUCUCUCGUCCACCAUCAAUCACCGCGCAGGACCGAGCCCCGGUACCAGCAGAGCCAAUUCCUCAAGUGGCGCGACUGCCUGAUGCGACCGCGUUAUCCAACAGUGUGCCAGCAACUAGUAUCGCAGCCAGCAGUGUGCCGAUGAGCCGGGCCAUCUCUUCGCAAGGACGCAAGACUUCGAAGAAGGGCAAGGAACGACAGCUCACCACGGAACGAGAUAUAGCCACUCCGCCCGCAAUCAGUACUGUGCCGAGUCGCGGGUCGACACAGCUGGCGGAUGCUCUCGACUCCGUCUGGGGCAAAGGCCAUUCAGUCUCCCCCUCACUCAGCAGGUCCAUCAGUCGAAGCGUUGCCACUCCUGUCAGUGAGAUCAUGGCCCCUCCGACGCCUCUUGCUGUUGAUCCGGCUAUCGACUUGGCUCGACAGCCGCUCACGCCCAAGGAACCCAUUGUUCCGCCACAGCCAACGCAUCCGGCAUCGUCGGUGCCUUCAGCGGCAUUCCAUGACGACAGCAAUCCCUGGGGCGAGACAAACACAUUCCUGUCUCAAACAGGGCCUGCUGAUGCAUCCACGCUAUUUGGCCCUACGACAACCGGAAACGACCCCCUCCUGGAUGCAUUCGAUAUAGGACCACCAGCAGACGUCCCUCCCAUGAUGCCUACUGCACAAGAGCCGGCACCUCAGGCAGAACCAGAACCAGAGCCGGAGCCAGAACCCGAGCCGGAGCCGGAGCCAGAGCCGGAGCCAGAGCCGGUCAGCAAGAAAGGCUCUAAAGCCUCUAAAGCUGCUUCAAAGGCUGCGUCGAAGGCUGCGUCGAAGGCUGCUUCCAAAGCCCCCUCGAAGAAAGCGACACCGGCAGUGUCCAAAGCUCCUUCGAAGGUUCCCACACCAGCAGCGUCUCCCGUUCACACAGCCAUACAGCUGCCGAAUGACGACAAUACUCCAGUUUUCGCAGCUGGGAACACUCCAGAGCCUCCCGGCGAGGCCGAAGCCCCGGCUGAGGUUGCCGACGCGUUCGCUGAGUCUGCGCCGGCGGAGGCCGUACAGCCAGUAGUCACUGAAGAAUCACUGAAUUCUGCAGUCGUUGAUGAAGCGUCCAAAUCUCCGGAUCCGAUCGCAAACACAUCGGAGACUGCAAUCGCAACAGCGUCUCAAGCUGUCUCUCCUGACAAAGGGCCAUCCGCUUCUUUGCCCGAAGCUGACACCAAUCCUGCAGCAGAGCUCGAGAGCGCAGCUCCCGUCAUCGAGGCUUCCGUUGUCGAAACUGCCACUGCCGAUCCUACUCAAGAAACUUCGAUCCCCGAGGCUCCUGCUGAGACUGUUCCAGGGACUCCUGUGGUCGAGGCUCCUGCAGUCGAAGCACCUCCUGAGGCUCCAGCUGAGGCUCCGAAGGAGGAUGAAGAUGAUGGGUUCUUUACCUCUAAAGCCAAGCAGAAGAAAAAGAAAAAGGGCAAAAAGUAGACAUGAUUAGAUCAGAUAGUGUUGUCAUAUGUUGUUGUUGUACUCACAGGGCCAUUGACCUUCGGCUUCGACCUGUGCGACCCAUCAUCUCGUUCCUGGUGGCAUUCUUGUAUCGAGCGUCCAUCAUCGUCAACCGCCACCCUCAUUCUUUCGGAGUGGUCU